CGCUUCUGUUUUGGCGGGUAAUUGCACCCGAUCCAUUGUGAACUCUCAAGAUAUCAUCAGGACGACCUCAUGGUUGCAAUACUGUACCAAAAAAGAUCAUGGAAAACGAUAUUACAGUGGAAGAAGGGAUCACUCGAAAUUUGAAAAUGAUAUGCAAGCAGGCAACUGGCCGAGAGGACAAAAAUAUCGAAGUGUCGCUUCGAACGUGUCUGAAUAACAUAAACGCGGCAAUCAGGAAUUGCUUCUUUAGUAAGCCUCGGAGUUGUACUAAUUAUUAACCAGGAAAACUGUUGUUAGACAGCUGAACAAUGUUCUUGGCCCCUUGCUCCUUCGCAUGAUGGGAUUUGAGGAAGAAUUGGUUCGGUACCAAAACUACCAAUGGUGUUACGUCCGUUAGGAUGAUGCAGG